AAAUAAACGAGAGAGGGAGCAGGAGAGAUGGACUCGAGAGACAGAGCCGAAAAGAAGUCAAUGUCUCAGAAAUAAACGAGAGAGGGAGCAGGAGAGAAGAACUAAAGAAAUGCAUCAAGAAACAACUCAACAUCUUGAGGAACAUCGAGAAAGAAUACAAAUGAGAAGGGAUUCAGAGAUGGGAGAUGAAAGAAAUAGAAGGCUGGAUGAACAACGAAAUGCACGACAUACAAGGAGAAAUAUUAAUGCUGAUGUUGGUCAAAUGACCAAUGUUUGCCUUCAUUGUCGAGCUGAACGCUACUCUGCAGAAACGACCAACUUUUGCUGCACGAAGGGUAAGGUCAACAUUGCUCCUCUGAAAACACUGCCGAAUGCACUCAUUAAUUUGUAUACAGGUGACACGCCACAAGCACAUGAGUUCCAAAAGAAUAUUAGACAAUACAAUUGUCUCUUUCAAUUCACGUCAUUUGGUGCCAAGGAAGUGGUGUCACAUGGAUGGAAUCCUUCAGUGAUCAUUCAAGGCCAGAUUCAUCAUUUCAUUGGUUCUUUGAUGCCUGACCAAGAUCAACAAAGUAAAUUCUUACAAAUCUAUUUCAUGGACCCGCAAGAUAGCAUUGGGUUGCGAAUGAGUAUACUCCAAGAUGCUGGUAUUCAAAGGGACACUGUUGAAAUGCUUGAAAACAUGAUAAGACUAAACAACCCUUACAUUCAUUCACUUGUGAUGGCGAUGGAGAGAAUUAGAGAUUUACCGGAGGCAUCAAUCGUAUUGAUCCCAAUUAUCGGCCACCUUUCCAACAUGAACGGAGGUUUAACACGCAAACUGCAAAUGAAGUUGCCGUCCUCAUAGCAAACAGUAAUGAGCCUGUGGCAACAUCACGCCACAUUGUCUUGAGAAGAAGAGGAAGAGGAGGAGCAGAAGGAGGUCUGCAAAUCAUUUCAGUCCCAUAGGUCUUAUGACAGUUUUCAAUACAUCCUUUUCUUUCCACUUGGUGAUGACGGAUGGCAUUCACAACUCCAAAUGAGUACCGGCAUAAAAUUGACACUAAUGCGAUAUUAUGCAUAUAGGAUCAUGAAUCGUGACAAUGAAUUCAACCAGCUUUUGAGAGGAGGACGACUCUUCCAACAAUAUCUUGUAGAUAUGGCGGCUAAAAUGGAAGGUGAUAGACUGAAUUAUAUUCGCAUGAAUCAGGUAUUGUUGAGGUCAACGACGUACAAAGGACUGACGGAUGCAUUACAUGAUGAUGAUGACUUGGAAAACAUUGGAAGGCGCAUCAUCCUCUCUUCAACAUUUGUCGGUGGUCCCAGAUAUAUGAUGGGACGAUGCCAGGACGCCAUGAUGUAUGUUCGGAAGUAUGGUACUGCUGCAUACUUCAUUACAAUGACCUGCAAUCCAAAUUGGAGCGAGAUCCGACAGUGCCUCUUUCCAAAUCAGCAGCCGUCUGAUAGACCGGAAUUAAUAGCAAGAGUAUUCGAGCUGAAAAUAAAAAUAUUCAUGAAGACCGUCACUGGACCAGAUGGCUUCUUUGUAUUGCAAAGUAUUGUAAGAAAGAAGGUUGGGAAGAGUGUGGAGUGUAUACAGAAACUGUAUUGCUUUCAUCUUGACUAUGGAAUAUCAGAAGAGAGGCCUGCCUCAUUUCCAUUGUCUGCUUUGGCUUGAUGAAGUGAGUAAGCCAAGACCUCAACAAUAUGAAAGAUUUGUGCAAGCUGAAAUUCCAGACCCACAAGCAGAUCCUG